CUUGAAGUGAAUGUGCAGAAAAAACAAAAAAGAAAACGUUUGUGAAAACCUGAACUAAUAUUAAACACAAAGUAUCAUUUGCGCUCCUCUGCAAGACCCGGACCUGUCAGCACUAUCAUGUUGAGCCGUCUGUUGUGGGACGAUGCCCGAGCCUGCUGCAAGCACACCUGAGUUCACUGAGCUGUGGAUGAAGGUUUCCAAACUUUGCCACAGCAAAACACGAACACAGAUGCCUUCCGAUACAGGAUCACCUCGGCGUCAAGAUUUGCAGAGUCCACAGCGCAGAGGAUACGGCAAAUCGACUGGCUUAAAUAAUGGGGACUCUCCAGGUGAUGUGGAGCCGUCACAAGACAUUUUCUGGGAUCCCACAUCUCCCACUCCAGCUAAUGGGCUUAGGAACAACAGGGUGGUUGAAAUAUCUGACAUUGUAAACCGACUUGCUCCAAAGGAUGUGAAACGGAAAGGGAGUGACUCUCCUCUGCUGCAGUGGAUAGGUGACAGUGCCGUCCCUUGCACACCAGACGUUCCAAGGCCAAGAAUGAGGAAGAGGUCAUCCCGGCAGAGCAGUGUGGAGGACCUCAUGAAACUGGCGCGGCAGUUUGACGCGAACAUGCAAAAAGACAGAGAGACUUCAGAGCAGCUUAACACAGACAACAAUAACCUCAAUAAAUGUGUGAACACUUCAAAGACAAAACUGACAGAGACACAACACCCUACAAAUGUGAAGGCGCUUAAGUGCACACCGUCAUUGGAACCGGCAGAGGCGGAGCUGCAUGCUCUGUUCGACUGCUCCACUCAGAAAGUCAGCGGCCGGCUAAGCCAAGGCUCCUCAGUGUCGGCUUGUUCGCAGGAGGUGAGAAAGCAACCUGUGACUUCGGCUUCAGCGGAACCCGAACAAUCAGAGCUCAAGACAUCGUCAAAGUCCGCCCCAGCUGCAAAACCGGCUGGAGAAAAGGGACCUUGUGGUUUUAGUGAUGACUUUGAUGACGACUGGGAGGAUGAUGAACUACUUAAUGACUCAUUUGUGCUAGAGAUAACCCAGAAUCCUGAUCAGCUACUUGACAGCAACCCUAAAACCAGCCUGCAGUCUAAGACUAACACGACUAAGUUCACCUCUAUCUGUAACCCUCUUGCACCUGAUCAUGAUGAUGAUAAGGUUUGUCCAGCUACAAGCUCUGUGAGGAACAUUACCGACAGCCAUUGGGAUGAUGGGGACGAUGACGAUUUGCUCAUCCAGAUAUGUGACAGUGUGGAAAUGAUCUCCAAUAGUCAGCCAGAGCAAGUGAGGCCCAGGUGUGACCAAGACAAGUAUGAUAAUGGUGCCGACAGACGGAGAAAAAACACAGCACCUCUGCCCAUAGACACAACCUGGUCCAUAAACACCGGCAUCAGUGCCAACAGAAAGUCUCCAUUUGUACGUUCCAACUCAUUACCAGGGACUAGCUGCCAUGCUGUGAACUACCAAGGAUGGGACAUUCCCAUGAAAGGUGCCAACAGCAAAUCAGAGAUGUCGCAGAGCCUCCCAGGAAGCCGCAUGGGUCGGUGCACAUUCAGUAACUGCAAGAAUUCCUCUGGAACUUUCCAGACUGGGAAGGCAAGUGUAGAUAUGAAGCCACAUACAGUGACAGUCCAGGCUUCACAGAACUCUAAGUCCCAUCACACUGCCUUCAAGAGAAAUCUGUCUGACUCAGCAGUUAUGACCAACAAAGUUUUUGUCACAAGCCAGAUGACAGCGAAGUGCUCUGCAGCUGAGAUCGAGAGGAAGAAACAAGAAGCCCUGGCCAGGAGGCGACUGCGGAUGCAGAACUCUCAGAAACCAUAGAGGGGCCUCAUCAUGACUGAAGGGAUAUUAUUUCACUGUCAUAAGUCUUUGUAGAACUCCUCGUUCCAGGGCAGUGUUUCAGUCACCACUUUAUAAAAGAGGUUUUAUAUGAUGGUAUCCAAGAGGAUAUCAUGUUAGUGUUAAAAGUUCAGUAUUUGAUCAUCAGGUUUGGACCUAUGACAUUGACUUUCUGCACAGAGGUUAGCUUAUGUCUGUGAAUGGAAGGUGAAUGUCACAAGAGCUGCUGGAUCUUUUCUGCUACUGAUGUAAAAAAAAUCAUCGAAGGAUAUUUUCGUACUUUUCCUAUCUUUAAUUGAAAUAAACACGUUUACAUCUACCAGGUUUGAAAUAAUUUAAAACCCUGCCUUGAACACAUUUUAGCCGUCUGUUUGGGGAAAGAAAUGGGUUUGCAAUUUUUUCUGUAUUUUGUUUAAAUAGUUCCAAGCCAGUGUUACUUCUUAAUGCAAUGCCACAGGUAUUAAAACACAGUGUUGCUCUCCAUCAGAAAUCUAUAGUAAACACAUGCAGGAUAUGUUAUAUUAUUAUAUUAUAGUUAGGAUAUUCUCUGUUUAGGCUUUUAAGACUGAAUAUGUGACUACACUUCUAUAAAUACACACACAAAGCAUUUGACAGUUCUCAGACAGUUUGUAAUCAAAAUAACUUCCAUUAGUUGAUCGAUUGAGAAAGUUUUAGAAGUACUAAUUCAACUCAUGAGAAAAUGUCUGUUUUAUGAAUGAACAUUAUAAGCUAAGAUUCAGUAGACUUGGUUGAGACACUGUUGUUUUUCGUUCAUACUUUCUAUACUUUUAGUUUUGUGCAUGUCAGGAUCAUCGUGUUACACUGUAAAAGCAGUCUUAGCAUUUCUCUGUUGGCACAGUUCAUUGUAGUAGCCAUGCUAUGCACCUUAAGUUUGUUUAACAAACCCACAGUAACAUCAGAAUGGUAAUGAUUCCAUCAGGGUUCAAACAAGUAAAGAUACCUUUACUACAUUCUCCUGGAAGCUUUCGUCAUUUGUUUCAAUAAAACACACCUAAUCCGGACCCAGUGCCUUAGUGUCAUAAUCUAUUUGAUGUCAGACCCUGUUACUUCACAACAACAUGAUGUAUUUGGAAUUCUCCUAAUUCAUCCGUCAUGAUUUAUCUGCCUUGUACCAACACAAAUAAAUAAACACAAUUGGCUGCUAAAUUAAA